AUGAGGAAGAGAGGCGACACUGUAGCCGUGGCAACCAACCAGCGCCGAGAGGGAGGGGUCAGUGGGCUGAGUCCAGAGAUCUUUCUGAAGAGACCUGUAGUGGAGGGCAACAGGUGGAGGCUUGACUGUACCCUCAAACGCAAAGCACAACAGGGAGUGCGCAUCUUUGUGAUGUUGUAUAAAGAGGUGGAGCUCGCCCUGGGCAUCAACUCGGGCUACAGCAAGAGGACACUCAUGCACCUGCACCCCAACAUCAAGGUGAUGCGUCAUCCAGAUCACGUCUCGUCCUCCGUCUAUCUGUGGGCGCAUCACGAGAAGAUCGUUAUCAUUGACCAAUCAGUGGCCUUCGUGGGCGGGAUCGACCUGGCAUAUGGUCGCUGGGACGACAAAGAGCACCGGCUGACAGAUGUCGGCAGCGUGACGCGAUCUGUGGCUCUUGAGCAGGCUGGCUCCACCACCACUCCGUCCAAAAAGGGCGUGUCCUCCGUGGACGUCUCCAACGUCAACGGACGAGGAGACCCGGUGGACCUGCCGAAGCUGAAGGGGAUCGGACGCAGCAGGAAGGCUCGCUUCAGUCUGUACAAACACCUGCACAAACACACACUGCAACACGCAGACAGUGUGAGCAGCGUGGACAGCACCGGGAGUGGCUCGGUGAAAAGCCUAAAGACUGGCGUUGGAGAGUUACAGGGUCGCACACGCUUCUGGCAUGGAAAAGACUACUGCAACUUCGUCUACAGGGACUGGAUCCAGUUAGAGAAACCUUUUGAUGACUUCAUCGACAGGUACACCACUCCCAGAAUGCCCUGGCAUGACAUCGCCUCGGUGGUUCACGGCAGAGCCGCGCGGGAUGUGGCCAGGCACUUUAUUCAGCGCUGGAACUUCACAAAGAUCAUGAAGCCAAAGUAUCGCUCUCUGUCUUAUCCAUUCCUGCUGCCCAAGUCUCACUCCACCGCCAACGACCUCCGAUACCAAGUCCCUGGCUGCGUCAACGUCAAAGCGCAGGUGUUGCGGUCCGCAGCAGAUUGGUCGGCAGGUAUCAAGUACCACGAGGAGUCCAUCCACAGUGCCUACGUCCAGGUCAUCGCUAAGAGCAAACACUACAUCUACAUCGAGAACCAGUUCUUCAUCAGCUGUGCCGACAACAGGACGGUCUACAACAAGAUCGGAGACGCCAUCAUCGAGAGGAUCCUCAGAGCGCACAAGGAGGGUAAGAAGUACCGGGUGUAUGUGGUCACCCCCCUGCUGCCUGGCUUUGAGGGGGACAUCACCACCGGAGGAGGGAACGCCAUCCAGGCUGUGAUGCACUUCAACUACAGAACCAUGAUCAGGGGAGAGUACUCCAUCAUCUCGCAGCUGAAAAAGGAGAUGGACGACCAUUGGAUGAAUUACAUCUCCUUCGCUGGCCUGCGGACUCACGCUGAGUUGGAGGGACGCCUCGUCACAGAGCUCAUUUACGUCCACAGCAAGAUGCUCAUCGCUGACGACAACACCGUCAUCAUCGGUCAGUCUCUCCUCUCUCUGUUUAACUUAAUUCCUGUGGGUCUGAGAGUCGUGGCCAUCCAAUCAGUGAAGACCGGCCUCUACAUCGCCAUGAACGGAGAGGGUCACCUCUACUCAUCGGUCCUGAGUGUUUGGUUUUAA